AUGGUUGCUCUGAAAAAAAUAUACACACCAGGCAAAUCUCUCUUUCAACUCCUAGGUGAAGUUGGACGUAUGUAUCAGAAAGAGGGAGAAUCUGUGGUCGAAUUUGUAAACAGAUUACGAAAAAAGGGGCGCGAAAUCGUGGAGUGCUUUAAAGCUGACAAUCCCAAUUUAGAGUUAGCUGUCGAAAAUGAUUUCAAAACGAAGACCGAAACAUCUAUCGCUAAUUGCUUCAUGCAAAAUCUUAGCAACGAGAUCGAUCAGCGCAUGUCCGAUUGUGCUACCGUGGACGAGGCUUUGACGAAAGCAAUUAGCAUCGAAAAAAAAUUAAACGCUCGCAAAGAACUACGUCGCGAUCCGAAUAGUGAUAGGAGAAAUAAUUCGAAGUCUGAAGACGCAAGAAAAGGAGGGGAAGGUAAACCCGUGAACCUUGCCCUACCAAAUACCUCUCCAACCAAUCCUUCUGCUCCCAACAAUCCGGAUAAACAAAAUAAAAAAAAAUCCCCAAACAAAAAGCUAAUACAAGCUAUAGAUCAAAAUCAAACGGAAAAUCAAGAAUCGAAUCGUAGGCAAAACGAGAAUCUCUAUUUAACAAAUAUAUCCAACAGUUGCCACAAUUGCAAACAACCUGGACAUUUCGCCAGAGAUUGUCCGGAAAUAAUGUGUCAAAUCUGCUUUACUAAAGGGCACACGGCCAGAAGUUGUAUUUAA